AUGGACGGGCAGCAAUUUCGGGCGGCAGCCCACUCUGCCAUUGAAGAUAUCGUCAACUAUUUCGAUUCCGUCCCUGAUCGCCGGGUUCUCCCCGCUGUUGACCCCGGUUAUCUUCGUCCUCUGAUCCCCGAGAACCCUCCUACGGACGGAGAGACCUGGGAGACCAUCCAACAAGAUGUCGACACAAAGAUCAAGCCAGGCCUCACGCAUUGGCAGUCCCCCAACUUCAUGGCUUACUAUCCCGCCAGCGUGACCUAUCCCAGUAUUCUCGGUGAAAUGUACUCGGCCACUUUCACAGCACCCGCCUUCAACUGGCUUUGUUCUCCUGCCUGUACCGAGAUGGAGACCAUUGUGAUGGAUUGGGUUGCCAAGGCUCUGGGCCUGCCGGAGUGCUUUCUCAGUACAUCUGAGAACCUGGGUGGUGGAGUGAUUCAAAACAGUGCCAGCGAUGCUAUCGCUACAAUGCUAGUGGCCGCCCGUGAGAGACGCGUACGUGAGAUGGUUCUGGCGGAGGGUUUGCAAGAAGGCUCGAUGGAAUAUGAAGAGCGGAAAAUGGAUCUCCAGCCGCGGUUAGUAGCCAUCGCUAGUGACCAGACGCACAGCAGCGCGGCCAAGGGCGCCUUGAUCGCUGGAACGCGAUUCCGAACUGUCCCGACACGACUGGAUGAGAACAUGGAGAUGACGGGAGCCCGACUGCGGGAGGUCUUGGAGAAGUGCGAGAAGGAUGGACUCAUGCCGUACCAUCUGACCAUGACGUUUGGCACGACUAAUACCUGCAGCGUGGAUCGUUUUGCAGAGAUCAAGGCUGUGCUCCAGGAGAAGCCGGCCUGGCAGCGGAUUUGGGUCCAUGUGGACGCUGCGUACGCGGGUGCUGCUCUGGUCGCGGAUGAGUGGCAGUAUAUUGCCAAGGACUUUGCGGAGGGUGUCGACAGCUUCAACAUGAACAUGCACAAGUGGUUGUUGGUCAACUUUGACGCCAGUGUCCUCUUCGUUCGCAACCGCCUCGACCUGACCAACGCCCUUGACAUCACCCCUACCUAUCUGCGAAACCCAUACUCUGACAUGGGUACUGUCAUUGACUAUCGUAACUGGUCCAUUUCUCUGGGCCGUCGUUUCCGCGCGCUCAAGAUCUGGUUCGUCAUGCGCAGCUACGGUCUGAACGGAAUGAAGGCGCACAUUCGCAGAACAAUCGAGCUGGGUAACACAUUCGCGGAUUUGAUUCGAGGACGGUCCGACCUAUUUGAGAUCGUGACCAAACCCGCAUUUGCCUUGACAGUGUUCAGGAUCAAGGGUUCCAAACCCGCCAAUGGCCAUGUCAACGGUCAUUCCGACGGCCAGUCCACCGGUGGGAGUGCGGUGCGCAAGGAUGAUGCAGCAGAUCUCGUCACACGGCAAGUUUCUGAAGUGAUCAACUCGCGAGGCGAGAUUUUCAUCACCUCUACUGUGAUCGAUGGAAUCUAUGUGAUUCGUGUGGUAAGCGCCAAUCCGAUGGCCGAGGAAAAGUACGUGCGCAAUGCUUUUGACGUUGUGGUCAAGGCCGCCGAAGAGAUCUUGCAAGGUAAAUUAUGA